AUGGGGAAAGAGUCGUUUAACCAUCCCUAUGAGCCGUAUGGCAUCCAGUUAGAGCUUAUGCAAUGCAUAUACGAUACAUUGAGCCUUGGAAAGAAGUUGGCAAUUUUGGAGAGCCCGACGGGGACCGGUAAGACGUUGUCAUUGAUCUGCUCUGUAGUUACCUGGCUUCGACAGAACAAAGCCGAUCUGGUCGCAAGUGGAGGGCAUAAUGUUGGUGGACUAUCAGGGAGCGAGUCUGACGACGAUGAACCAGACUGGGUGAACGAUGCUUUUAAAACAUCUGUUUUGGAUGCCAAAAUGCAAAAACUGCGAGAGUAUGAAGUAUAUUUGGGGCAACUGGGGGUUGGCUCGAAACCUACGUCGUUAGAGGCAGCUAAUGAACCGCGGAAGCGGCGUAAGAGGGUUGAAGUUUCGCUCGACGAGAGUGAUUUCCUUCCCCAGGCGUAUGUAUCUGACUCUGAAGAGAAAGAUGAGCUGGUUGGCGAAAGAAAUAGGUCACUGCUAGCGCAAGAGGUUAGUGGUCUGUUGGCAAAGCUCGAUCAUAGUAAGGGUUCUGAGCGUGAUCCCAUCGAGUCUCAAAACCCGGUUAAAAUUUAUUAUGCAUCCAGGACUCACUCGCAACUGAACCAGUUUGCAUCUCAAUUGCGACUGCCAAGUUUCCCUUCAUCGUUUGCCGAUCAGCAAGUACCUGCAGAGAGGUUGAAAUACGUUCCUCUUGCUUCUAGGAAACAACUGUGUAUUAAUGAGAAUGUCAAGAAGUGGAAAACUGUUGACGCCAUUAACGAUGCAUGUGCAGAUCUUUUGAAAAGCAAGAAAGGUUGUCCUUAUCACCAGCCUUCGUCAACCUCUUCAAACCUAUUCAGAGAUCACACUUUUACACAAGUUCAGGAUAUUGAAGAACUAGCUGAAUUAGGUAGGUCCCUCCAUAUAUGUCCCUACUAUGCUACUCGUGGGUCUCUAGAGAACGCGGAGAUUAUUACGCUGCCUUACCAAUAUUUGCUAUCGGAAUCGACGAGGACUAGUCUAGGAAUUAAUUUAAAAGAUUCGAUAGUCGUCAUCGAUGAAGCGCAUAAUCUGAUAGAAACAAUAAAUUCCAUUCAUUCGGCACAAAUUGCACUUACCGAUUUACUUUCUUGUAAUGAAGGUCUCAGGAAGUAUUUUGAAAGGUUCAGAAAUCGAUUGAAUCCAGGGAAUAGAGUGAACCUUAUGAAACUUAUGGAGCUGUGCAACACCCUGGCACGUUACAUCAAGAUCAACUAUAAGAAACCUGGUCAGGAAAUUUCAUCAUCGGAUAUAUUUGGUUCAUCUAACAUGGAUACAUUAAACAUACACAAACUCAACAAAUAUAUCAAGAAAUCCAAGAUAGCGUCCAAGAUUGAUACCUAUAUUCAUUCUUUCGAAGAUGAAAAGAAUGCUUCUGAAGUGAAAUCAUCAUCAACCCCUCUACUUUUUAAAGUCGCUAGUUUCUUAUCAUGUCUCUCUAAUCCCGCUCAAGAAGGUCGAUUUUUCUUCGAGAAAGGCCAAGUUAUCAAAUAUAUGCUUCUCGAACCUGGGAAAUCGUUCCAAAGCGUUCUUGAAGAUGCUCGGUGCGUGAUACUGGCAGGUGGAACCAUGCAACCGAUAUCCGAUUUAAUGGAAAAUCUCUUUGCAGGUGUUCCAGAGGAGAAGAUAAGUAUCCUUUCUUGUGACCACGUUAUACCAGACGCUAAUUUAAGGACCUACAUUACUCAAGAACCUGCAUUUGAAUUUACAUUUGAGAAAAGACAAGCGCCCUCCCUCGUUAAUGGCGCACUUUACAAUUUCUUCGAUAAACUUUCAAGGUCCGUUCCAAGAUCAGGAGGUAUCGUAGGGUUUUUCCCUAGUUAUCAAUAUCUUGACUACGUUGUUGAUAGUUGGCAGAGAGAAGGAUUAUUUGAUAAACUGGACCAUGUAAGGAAAAUCUACUUCGAAAGUAAAAAUGGUGCUGAGCCUCUAUCAGCUUAUUCUGAAGCGGUUGCUGGAGGCAAGGGGGCUUUGCUAUUUGCUGUUGUUGGAGGGAAAUUGUCAGAAGGUAUCAACUUCCAAGAUGACUUGUGUAGAGCCGUAGUAAUAGCCGGUUUGCCCUUCCCCAAUGUGUUUAGCGGUGAGCUGCUGAUAAAGACAAGACAUUUGGAGACUAAAAUCUUACGGAAUGGUGGAUCUAAUCACGAUGCGAAGAAUGCAGCAAGAGAGUUUUAUGAAACUAUAUGCAUGAAAGCCGUCAAUCAGUCGAUCGGUCGUGCCAUUAGACAUGCGAACGAUUAUUCCCUGAUUUUCCUACUCGACAAGAGAUACGCCAAAUUAGAGAUAAACAGUAAAUUAUCAAAGUGGGUGAGCAAGCGACUUCAACCUCAAUCUAGCGUCACCGAUAUUAUGGCAGAUACUCAAAGAUUUUUCUCCCUCCAUAGCGCACGCCAAAGUGGUCGAUGA